AUGGCAUCCGCACUAGAAAAUGUCAGACCUAUGUUUGAGCUCCGAGGACGAAACUACAUCGUCACUGGCGGUGCCCAAGGCAUUGGCUAUGCCGUCACGAGAGCGAUCUGCGAGAUGGGUGGUAACGUGGCGGUCCUGGAUAGACAAGAAGAACCCGCCGAGAAGGAAUUUCACGAACUGAGCAAGAAAUUCGACGUCAAGGUUGGCUACAUUCGUGUCGAUGUCACGGACAAUGAAAGCUUGAACUCGGGCUUUGAGCAGGCACUGCAGUUGCUGGGCGGUACCGUACACGGAUGUGUCCCUGCAGCUGGUAUUGCGAUCGACAAGCCUUUCGUUGAACAAACGUGGGACGAGUUCACGAAUAUCCAGAACAUCAAUGUCCGAGGAACAUUCUUCGUCGCCCAGCUAGUGACCAAGCAGAUCCUCAAACAAGGCGGUGGUGGCAGCAUGGUCCUAAUUGCCUCACAGUCCUCACAUAUCGCACUGCCAGGCUACCGGAUGGCGGCCUACAAUGCAUCAAAAGGCGGAGUCUUAAUGCUAGCCAAAGCACUAGCCGUUGAGCUGGCGCCGCACAAUAUUCGCGUCAACACGAUUUCGCCAGGCUUUGUCGAUUCAGACAUGACGCGUCGAGUCCGCGAGAUGAAGAGCAAGCGCGAGGGUGAGCAGAUGUGGAUGUCUCCGCCUCUUCAGCGGUUGAGUACCCAGAAUGAUUUGACCGCGGCGGUUAUUUACCUCCUGAGUGAUGCGUCGAGACAUACGACAGCGGCGGAUAUUCAGAUCACCGGUGGCUUGCAUGCGGGGACGAUAGAUGGGUUGAUAAGCUAUGAUAACUAA